CACCUCCUCCUCACCCUCUGGUCGUGAGACCAUGCUGCCACAGAAUGGACUUUUGGUCUCGUCUCAUCGGCGGCUCACGCGCGCCGUCCAAGCCCUCUCGGGCCACAUCGCCCACUGAACGACUGACGGCUUUCAAACGUUCCUGCAAUGCCCUCCAGCAAAUAUGGCGCUCUACCAAUACCCCCUCCGCCGAGCAGUCUACCGCCCACGCGCGCACCUACAUCGAACGACUCAACUCCAUCCUUAGCGACGAGUCCCGCGGUCCAGCGCCGCACCCCUGUGUCGCUUAUGCGGCAUCCUCUCAGAUAUUCGUGACGGUCACAAAACUCGCUUUAUCAUACUACGACGAGAACGUGCUGCGAUCCGCUACGGUCUUCUUCAACACGCUCAUCGAUGCCGAGGUUGACGGCGUGGUGGAUAACCGACUCUUUGCUCGCGCGCUGGUCGAUCUAGUUCGUCGCGCGGACAAGUCAUCGGGAGAAAUUGAGGGUCGAUUGGUGGAAUUGCUGUUUGGUAUCGCCAACAAUAUCCGCCUACAGCCUGCCAUCCUGCCCGCGUGGUUUGUGCCCCGUGCUACGCCUACCGGUCGGGAUAGCGAGUCGCCAGCUCCGAGUACCACGGAGUUUGCCGGUGCGACACGCAAGGACGAGUUCCCGCUGUUCUAUCUACUGGUGGAAUAUGUCCAUAAUGAAGGACGCGUGGGUGAUUUUGCUCGGACUGGGCUGUUGUAUCUUAUCGAGACCGCGUCGCGAUCGAAGAACUUGGAGAAAUGGUUGAUUGAGAGUGACUUGGCAACGCUAAUGGCCACGGGUCUGGGUGCGCUGUAUAGCCAGUUAGGCGGCUUGACAUUUACGCCUACUGACGAGAACGUGCCUCGCAUCAUCGCACUCUCGGAUCAUGCCAAAGAAGAGACGGCAUUACACCCUGCCUUGAGCGAGGCCAUGGAUGCUUUCAUGUCUUAUCUGCUGUUUUGGCAAGAUACCAUUGAUCAUUGCAAGUCCGCCGAAGUCAACGAUACGCUCUUGGAUCAUUUCCAGGUGCUGUUCCUUGAGCAGCUUUUAUACCCUUCCUUACUAGAAUCCUCGGAUGUGGCAGGCGGAUCCACUGCCGCCGUCUUAACCUAUCUCUGCCGAAUCCUGGGCUCGAUCGAUCAAGGCGAACUAGUUCACCGGAUUUUGCGUUUCUUACUGGCUUCCUCUCCUCCACCGGAGGAACAAAUGUCCAUGUCGGCUAGUCGUCGGAAAUCACUCGACGUACUGGCUGCGUUGGCAUCGGAAGCAGCCCAGCCGUCCCCUUCCCUAUUCAACUUGCGUGAUCUAGCGCUCCUUGGACUUCAUUCUUCAAACCGACAGACUGUGCUGGCCACACUGCGCCUGUUGAAUGUCGUCUUACAGCGUCAUCAUCCCUUUGCUCGUGCUCUCAUCCAUACAAUUCCUAGUCAGCCGGCACGGCAGCGCUCCGUCGGCGCGUUCAAUGCUGAACUGGAACAUCUCCUCGGCCUCAGCGCGUCACUCGUUGCCGAGCCUACUCUGAACGAAUCAUACGAGAAUUACGUUGCAGAUGCAACAUGGGUACUCGAGUCUCGGCUAUGUCUUCCAGUUUCUCUGGACGAGAGCGAGGAUGCAAUCCCUUUCCCACUACAGCUUCAGCAGGACGACCCCAUUAUCCAAGCUCUUCUUGGGUGUGUUGAGAAUUUUUUUACCAACAGUGUCAUCGUCAACCUUGCCCUGACUGGUGUACUCAUGAGUCUGGCCUCUUCUCAUCUGUUCUCACUGGACGGCUGGGUCUUGGUCGACCCUCUUCAAUACGACCCCCCUUCUCAAGAGCACUCCUCCGAGGAGGCGAAUGAUAUCCACCGAGCUUAUCAAACGCCCACCUGGCCUGCUAGUGCAGCCCCAACCUUGACUGCGGCAUUAGAGAAGCUGGUCACCCAGGUCCGUCAGUGGCAACGAGAACUGCCAGACUUUGAGGUCCUGGUCGCGGCCCGACGGGAACUACUUCACCAAGAAGAUCGCCCACAAACGCCCGAUCGCUCACGGGAACCAUCCGAACCUCCAGUUCCGGCGUCGGGUGACCGUUCCCGUUUGUCAUAUCCAGGAUCCCCCGAUCCUUCUGCCCCAGCAUCCCGCGGUCGGUCACCACAGCCCAUCAACUCCCCACCCAUGGCACCUACCUUGAUGAGAGGUGAAUCCACCGUCCGCCCUUUGGAAUCACGGGGCUCAUCUACAUCUCGCAUCGCCGCGAUGGAGGCGCUCCGCCAACGACUGGCUACGCCUUUCCCUACCGUCGCUACACAGCCCCAAACCAGGGAGUCGACGGAUGAGACCGCUACCACGGAGGAUGCGGAAGCCGAAGGACCCCCAGUGGCAACGUUGGGCCACGUCCUUACAAAUGUUGUGAUUCUUUACGAGUUCCUACUGGAACUCUCGGCGGUGGUGCAAGCCCGUGGGAGUCUCUUCGAAGAAGCGGGAUAUGUGUAAUUAGUAUCUUUCACCGAUGUAUAUUCUUAUAGAAACACAUAUCAUUUGACUCCAACUAGCGAU